AUGUUCAAUUUUGAUUAUUUUCUUUCAGGAUUAUCUUAUCUCUUCAACGAUAUUGGUAAUAAUUUCAAUGAAUCCCAAUGUGGACAUCGACGGCGAUCCAAAUCAUAUGUGAUGGCUACAAGCUCUGGUUUACCAUUAUCGGGUAGUGGUGAUUCAGUUGUAAUCCAAAAUGCAUCAUCACCAGAUGUCAAGUUAGUUUCAUUUUUCAAACUUCGAUUUGAUGAUGGAAAUAAAGAGAAUGAAUGA